AAAAAAGUGUUACCAUAUAGAUGCAAAAAUUCAUUAUCAGUGGUCCUGUUUAUUUUCAAAAUACAGCGUGGAAACUUCUCCUAGAAGCGCUAUUCAAAAGGAUUCAAGUUCAGGACAUGAGCCGUAAGAAUAGGAGGAAGAUUGGUGCGCGACCGUACUGCAAUUAUAGCGAUGAAUUACUUGCAAGUGUUUUGAAGGCUGUCAAGGAUAAGGAGAUUUCGAUUAGAGAGGCAGCAAAGCGUUAUGGAAUCCAUCGUAACACGAUUUCAAAUAAGUUGAAGGUUCAUGAAGGAAGCGAUAUUGAUGAAAAAUCUUUAGUUUUGCUUCGUAAACCAGGCAGACAGACCGUUUUGCCAGAACACGAAGAGAAGUUGAUAUGUGCACAUAUUGUAACAAUUACUACUUACGGGUUUCCAAUGACAGUUUUGGAUUUAAGAAUAAUGGUAAAAAAUUACCUUGAUCGGAGUGGUCGCAAGGUGGAUGAAUUUACGGAUAAUAUGCCCGGUUCAGUUUGGGCGAAAUCAUUUUGUGAGAGACAUAGAACACAGAUUUGUAAAAGGAUGUCUGAGAGUGUAUCACGAUAUCGAUCUGGUAUCAACAAUAAUACAGUCAAUUUGUUUUUCAGAAUUCUUGAGGUUGAACUCGAGGGUAUUCCCCCAGAGGCAAUAUGGAACUAUGGUGAAAUUAAUCUAACUGAUGGUCCUAGUUCUAGCGAAAUUAUGUGCAGAAGAGGAGAUAAGUAUCCAGAAUUGUCUCAGACUGCUACUAAAGUUUCCACUUCAAUUAUGGCUUGUGGAAAUGCAGCAGGUGCUAUGGCUCCAUUUUAUGUAGUUUAUAAAGCAGAUAACUUAUACCCCGAAUGGGUUAAAGGAGCACCUCCAUCUACUAGGUUUAACAGGACCAAAAGUGGUUGGAUUGACACAGCAUCUUUCGAAGACUGGUUUGAAUUCACAAUGUUGCCUAUCUUGUGUCAACAACCUGGUACGAAGGUUCUCAUAGGUGAUGACUUGUGCUCCCAUAUGAGUAGUCAUGUGAUCACAUUGUGUGAGAAGAAUGAUGUGAAAUUUAUUGCACUCCCUCCAAAUUCUGGACAUCUUCUUCAACCGCUUGACAUGGGAUUUUUUGGGCUGUUAAAAGAUGUUUGGGGAACAGUGCUAGACGAAUGGAAAAACUCCUCGGCAGGAAGGCUAACUUCCUAUCUUCCGAAAACUGAAAUUCCCAAAUGUCUAACAGUAAUGAUCGAGAGAAUGGAACCUACUCUCAUGGAGAAUAUUAAAUCGGGCUUCGAAGAGACCGGAAUUUAUCCUAUUAACAGAGAUCACGUUUUACAAAAAUUAUGUGUUGAAAACAAUCAAUGAUAAAAUAAAGUUAAAUAAAACUUUUUC